AUGCGCCUCGGCCGGCUCACGCCCGAGAGGACGCUCUUCCUCAUCUGCGACGUCCAGGAGCGGUUCCGGCCGGCGAUCCACAAGUUCCCGGCCGUCGUCUCGGGCAGCCUCAGGCUGCUCGCCACUGCGCGGGAGCUCUCGAUCCCCGCAAUCGUCACCGAGCAGUACCCCAAGGGUCUCGGCCGCACGGUCGCGGAGCUCGACACGGCCUGCCUCGCCGAAACUGGCGGCGGCGUCUUUGAGAAGACGACCUUCUCGAUGCUCGCGGACGCCGCCGUCUCCGGCGCCAUCACCGGAGCCGGCCGCACCAGCCUCGUGAUCGCGGGGCUCGAGGCGCACGUGUGUGUCUUACAGUCGGUGCUCGAUCUGGUCGGCGCCCUCCCCGACGUCGAAGUCCACUUGUGCGUUGACGCCGUGUCCUCGGGCUCGCCCACCGACCGGCUCACCGGCCUGCGGCGCGCAGAGAGGGCGGGCGCCUUCCUGACGACGACCGAGGCGGUGAUGAUGGAGCUGAUCCGGAGCAAGGAGCACCCCUCCUUCAAGGCCAUCUCCGCCCUCAUCAAGGCGUCCAAGCUGCCCGCCUCCGAGGCCCUCGAGCCCGUGGCGUGA